AUGGCGACUAUGACUGUGCCACCGAGUACGCAUUGGAAGAAGGCACCACCGACGACUGUGUCGAGGUCCCUGGAAGGGCUGGAAAUUGGGAUUCCUCCUGGUGGUUUACUCAACACCGGUUCCGCCGUGUCUGUCAACCAGCUGUGGCUCUGGAAGCCUUUGCCCCGACUUCCUGAACAGCGAAAUUCGAGCGUGUACAGCCGUGAAAGCAUCAUUGACAACUACAUGGAUCGGGAUGACAAAGACGACUAUACGUAUUCUCAUCCAGACCCUAUCGUGUCGGACCCGAACGAUGCUGGACAGUCUUUUAAAAGUUUGGCAGCCUUUUCACAACCUCCAGCUGGGUUUGGUGGCCAGGGAGGACGAGGGGAACGUUGCUCACUGACGUUCAAAGCUUUUCUAUCCGAGGAGCAAUACGGCGUGGGCAUGCAUCUGGCGAAGGCGAACCACUACUUUAGGGAAAAGAAGUGGGAAAUCUUCCCUGAACUGGCUCCCCAGCCAGUGGUCCAGACUCCCCAUCCUCCUGCCCGGUCGCGAAAAUGGAGCCUGCCCCGGAAAAGGCACCCAACAGGGCCCCAUGGGCAUGCUAGGUCUGAGAGCGAUGGUUACCUGAAACCGAUUCGAACCUAUGUGCAAAAGACGCUGUCCAAGAAGUGUUCCCUCCGCGAGAUGAAGAAAAACCAGUGUGAAUCCGGUAUGGUAUUCAAUUCUCGCCGCCGGAGACAUUCGACCUCUACAAAGAGCGACGCCAGCACCUCAUCAUCACUCAUCGACAGUGCUGAGCUACAGCGUAGUCUGGAGGCAGUGCGGCUUCGGAUGCAGGCGCUGUCGCUCGAGACUCAGUCGAGCGAUGAUGACUCUUUGUUUGCGACAAACCCACGACCGUCGCGAAAGCGUACAUCGGUCUCCACGAAUCCGCACCGGCGGUUCGGAUCCAAGAGAAGACCUCGACCGUCUUCCAAGCUAGUCCGGCAGAAAGCACCUGGCGUGAGAUUUGUCAAGUAUCGCAGGAGUCCGUCCCCGAAGGAGGGGCGGCAAUGCCCCAGCAGGAGGCCGCCAUCACCGUUACCGCCAUCACCAUCCGAGGCGUCGCACCCAACCUCGCCCCGGCCAGAGUAUGUCAAGAUGUUGCAACAAGGCACGAACUCUGUCCUGUCAGCCAUCGAUGGCGCUCGGAAGAAGAUUGCUGCAUCACGGGCUGCUCGACGACGGGCCGAGCUGAAGAAGCAUAUCCGGGUGGUUGGGCCCGUGGAGCAGUAUCCGGAUGGAACGGUCAACCAGUGGCUGUGA